UCAGGACUGGGGUGCAGUUAGCUGUAGGCUAGGCUAGCUAACGCUAGCUAAGUCUGUGUAGGGCGACGGCUGGUUUAGUAGAGCUGGCUAGUAGAGUUGGCUACCGAGCUGUGGUGAGAUGUUUACCGGCUGUUUAGUGUCUGGGCUGGACUUCGAGGUGGGUUAGCCGGCAGUGUUGGAGACGAUGACUGUACUGGCGAGGACUGGCGGUUAUGCAGAUAUAUAAAGGCGUUGAGAGUCACAUCAGGAUUUGUACCAUGCAGUGAACCAAAUGGGUCAUUGCUGCACCCGAGUCUUUUUCCUCCUGCUGCUCCAGGCGUUGCAGACUUUAGCUGAAGAUGGGUCCAUUGACUGUGUGUGCGUGGGCAGCGACUGCAUGUCUCAGCAGUGUAAGGGAGACCAGUGCUAUGCCUCCGUGACCGUUAGCAAUGAUGUACCCUCGUUCCGGCGCGGGUGUUUGGUUGGCCCAGAGAGCAGGCGGAUGACCUGCUCGGCUGCCCCCUCGGCCAGUCAUGUAGUGGAGUGCUGCUCUCAGCCAAUGUGCAACCUCAAUGCCACAGUGGAGUCACUGCUGCAGCUGCUGCCCAAGAGUCCAGAGGGUGAGCCUGUGCGCUACCGUGUGGAGACCCUGGUGCUUUUUGUGUUGGGACCCUUUGUAGUGUUGGCCCUGCUGGCCACUCUGGCAGUGUUGGUCUGCCGCAGGCUCCACCCAGGCCGCUUGGAGAGACUGCACGAGUUUGAUCCGGAGCAGGGCGCCAUCGACGGCCUCAUCGCUCCCAACGUGGGAGACAGCACCUUGGCGGAUCUGCUUGAUCACUCCUGCACGUCUGGCAGUGGGUCUGGACUGCCGUUCUUGGUGCAGAGGACGGUGGCCCGUCAGAUCAGCCUGGUGGAGUGUGUCGGGAAAGGGCGAUACGGGGAGGUGUGGAGGGGACAGUGGCAGGGAGAGAAUGUGGCUGUGAAAAUCUUCUCCUCCAGAGACGAGAAGUCCUGGUUUCGGGAAACCGAGAUCUACAACACUGUUCUACUGCGGCAUGAAAACAUAUUAGGGUUCAUGGCCUCAGACAUGACCUCGCGGAACUCCAGCACUCAGCUGUGGCUCAUCACGCAUUACCACGAGAACGGUUCGCUGUACGAUUACCUACAGCGGGUGGCCGUGGACAUGUCUGACGGCCUGCAGAUGGCGGCGUCGGUGGCCAGCGGCCUCGUUCACCUGCACACUGAGAUUUUCGGCACUGAGGGUAAACCGGCCAUCGCCCACCGCGACCUGAAGAGCAAGAACAUCCUGGUGAAGAAGGACCUGCGCUGCUGCAUCGCUGAUCUCGGCCUGGCGGUCACUCACUCUCAGGCAGACAAUCAGCUGAAUGUGGGGAACAACCCCAAAGUGGGCACCAAGCGCUACAUGGCCCCCGAGGUGCUGGAUGAGUCCAUUCAGACGGACUGCUUCGAUGCCUACAAGAGGGUGGACAUCUGGGCCUUUGGUCUGGUGCUGUGGGAGAUCGCCCGGCGCACUUAUAGCAACGGGAUCGUGGAGGACUACAAGCCUCCAUUCUAUGACCUGGUACCUAAUGACCCCAGCUUUGAGGAUAUGCGUAAAGUGGUGUGUGUGGAGCAGCAGAGACCAUUCAUCCCCAACCGCUGGUUCUCUGAUCCUACGCUGUCUGCUCUGGUCAAGCUGAUGAAGGAGUGUUGGUACCAGAACCCGUCGGCUCGCCUCACAGCCCUGCGCAUCAAAAAGACUCUAGACAAAAUCCACAGCUCCUUGGAGAAGGGCAAGCCGGACUGCUGAGCCCCAGGAACAGAGCCCUUCUAGCAGGACCACACAGAUCCUAACAAUGGUGUCUGUAUUCUGGCCCUGGAUGUUCAUCAUGCUGGUCUAGGAACAGCUCCCCCAUCACCUCUGUAGGAAACACUGAUCCUGGAUCUGCACCUUUGCUCUUCUCCAAGACCUUCUGAUCAUUCUCUGGAUCCAGAUGUUUUACAUCUCCCUUUCUUCUAUGACUUUGACUGACAGCAUCAGACCAGACAGCGGCCGUGGAAUACAAGUGAAGCCAUUUUUGUUGGCCGUAUUGGACUGAAACCUCAACAUUUGCACUGAGGCUGGUUUGUACCUGGUCUCAGAGACUACAGAUGCCCCGGCCAGCGUAAAGAUAUUAUGCAUCAACACGCCUCACAGUCGCUACCCAUAAUGGCGAGCCAGUGCAGUGUGAUCAAGUUCUGCUGUUCAAAUUAGACUACUUGGUCAUAGGGGAGCUGAUCCUGGAUCAGCAUUCUGGACUUUUGGACUCUUGAUAACGUUUUUAAACGUAAUUUUUCCAGACAGUCUCACCACACAAGAGUGAACAGACAACACUGGAUAGAUUCGAAGACACUAAUCCUGGUAACCUCCAGGCUGCCACACUACCACAGUAGAUUUUGGAAAGAAAGUAAGCCUGGCGAAACAUCCUUCUUUGAAACACUAAAGACACUUUUUCAUGUUUUCCGUCAUCUUAUCGUUGGCCGAGUGCGGUCAAUGUUGGUUCGGUUCAGCAUUUAGUGCCCUGCUGUAGUUUUUGCCUGUGACUGAAGCCAAACUGGCACUAAAGCCUUUCUUGCGCUCUUUUCAUCUUUCUUUAUCUUUCGCACAGCCCUUGCGCUGGGCAGUCACACUAAAACUUAAGUGACAAUCAUUUUGCUGCUCGGUCAGUCCUGCAUUACUAGGCUGCGUUUUUUGGGCGUCCUUUGUCAUAUUGCUCUAAUGCAAAUCUUUGUAGGUUAACCUUUACGCCUUUUUCUGUCAGCAUUGACGCACAUGCACCAUCAUGUACGUUGUAGUCGUUUUGUGUCCCCAGUGCUUUUUGCUCUUGAAUUGCAUAGUAAGCAGAAUAAGCGCAACUGAAACAUGUAUUGGUUAGGAUCUGCUUUAUAAAAGACGGAGUUUGGAGGCUGUUGAGGAGGCAGAUUUCGUCUCGUUUGAGAAGCUUUUGGGCUCUAGAUGUGGGCACCAAGACACUGAUGUAUUUAUAAUGAAUGAGGACAAAGAAGAAGGAAUACUGCUAGACACUGCAUUGUAAACUGUGACCGUAAUAGAAUGUAAUAUAUUGUAUUUAAAGAUAGGAUUACUAAAAGUGUAACGUAGCUCGGAUAAGGCUUCCUCGCUUUGCCAAGUUAAGGCGCACCUGGUCUGGUUUUAUUACUUUUCUCAAGCACGUUUUAUGCAUAUGGGGGGGAGUUCCACUCAUUUUCUUUCUUUUUGCUUAAUUUCUGCAUAAUUCAGAGCGGUUUAAUGUGGAAUGGUGCAUUGCAGAGAAACUGACCCACUCAAGAUUCCUUUACAGUGGUAGUGAUAGGAACCAGAAGGCAUCGUUCAAUAAUAUAGCCAUUUUAUCUGAUGGCAGAUGAACCUACAUGUGUCUUCUGAGUUUGUGUUGUGUUUAUAAUGCUGUCAUGUUAUGUUGUUCUUAUCGUGUUCUAUGUACAACUGUUAAGACACGUUUGGCAUGAAUCCUGUCUCAAAAAUAUCCGAAAACAGUGUCUCGGACAUCAGGCAGUGUCUUCAUAACCAUUUCACGUAAUGACUUUCAGUGAGGGAGCAUUUAGAGGUGGAUGUCUGGUUCCUGUCACCACCACUGUGAACAUUUCUGAGUCUAGUUUGUCCAAAACGCGUCAUUUCACAUCAGACCACUCUCCAUUUAAUUAUGCAGAAAUUUUAGGAAUGUUGGAAACCAGGUGGAGUUCCCCUUCAAAACGACUUCCGCUCACCCGCACUGUGAGAAUGAUCCGUCUUUGGACUGAACAGUUUGAUGGAACUGCGAGGACCCUGAAGCGUUUGUCUUCCUCCGCACGAAACGAAGCUAAACAGUGACUUAUAAAGCAGGAGCGGCUUCAGGUUUUGCCCACCCCAGCGUACGUGAGGGUGUUUACUGUCCUGAUUCAGCUCAUUAUUAAAGGGGAACUCCACCGCAUUUUCAAAAUGUCCACGUGAUUCAGUCAUUGAGGCAAAGUCAUUGAGUGGUUUGAUGUAAAGUGGUUUAUUGUAGGGAUACUGUGGCUUGGCUUCAGGGGCUGGUUUCACAAAAUAUUUCUCAUUCUUAAGAAAAAGGUUAGGAGAAAUUGUUGUUCUUCAAAUAACUUCUUAAGAAUGAUCUUAUUAUCUUGUUUUCUUAUGAACCUUAUGUUCUUAAAUUUUUUCUUAAUCUUACGACUCGCACUCGGCUACAAGAGCUGAUAAGUCGGCAUCUAAAUUGAUCACGGAUGCUGUCUUUGCUCCUCCUGUCCGUCACCCCACGAUUAUAUUUCCGAUGAGGAUUUUUCUCCUGUUGGCUGUUUCGUCCACCAUUAUCUCCUGUUCUUGGUUUGCAAAAAUUUUUUAAGCACUUGAUUUGAUGUUUUCUCCCCGUUUUGCUCCUCGGAGCAGAUUAAACUAAACAAUGCAAAUAACAUUUAAUACAAUGUCAGAACGUAUCUCACGUCGCUUAUGGUACGUUAAAAUGCAACAUAGCCUGCAUAAGAAAACAAUGAUUUUCUUAAGAAAACGUUUGAGAACUUGCUGUUUUUCGAGAAUUUAAAAACGUUCUUAUGAACUUAGGAAGUGUUGGUCGUAAGCAUCUUCGUUUUUUUUUCUUGAAGCUUUCGUGAAUCCGGUCUCCGAUCUUUUUAUUCAUAUGUGAGACAAGUUUGUUUUUGUGUGACAGUGUGAGCGACAAAAAAGACACACUGGCCCUUAGUGAUCAAAGCUGCGUUUAACAGAAUGCCCCGUCUUUAGUGAUGCGCGAAGUCGCUACGUCUGAAACAAGCAGAGAUUUUAGCGCAAAUGAAAAUCUGCAUUGGUGCGUGAAAUCAAGCGCCGGCCUACCAGCAGCUCAUUUACAUAUGAUUUACAUGAAACAUCCUAAUUUGUGCAAAUGUUUCAUAAGGCCUGAAACACUUCACACAAGGACGCAGACGCUUUGAGCUACACAGACGGGGUUUCACUCAUGGUCGCAUUCAAAAAUGUGUCUCGACACAUUUCAUAACACAGUGCAAGCGUCACAGCAAGGGGGCGCUAUAAUGGCACCCAAGCCUGACUGAGCGGUCUUGUAUCACCAGCGUGCUUCUCAACUGCCACAGCAGACGACCACUUAAGUCCCAAACAAAGACGGCAUAAAAAUCUGAUUAACUAUCGUAUUUCCAGUCUGAGAGAAGAGGUAAAGCAGCUCACUCUCCUCUAUUGUCCACGUUUAGUUGUUGAGGCUGCUGGAAUAACAGAUCUGUCUCUGAUCUGUACUCUAUCGCCCCCUUCAGUACUGAGUGUUUUAACCUCCACAGCAACGUAAGAACGCGCAGUGAGUGUACAGGACCAAGCAUUUGCAAUGCGUUGACGUUUGUGUUUGCGUCCUUGUGUGAAGUAAGUUUCAGGUCUAAGGUGUAAGGAGCCCGUUCAAAAGCCUAUGAGCCAAUGACUGCAGAGGAAUCUGUGUUGGGUGACCUUUUUCAGGAUAGUGAUCUGUUCAGCCUGCAGUGAAAUACAGGCCACAUUAAAAAUCAGAUCUGAAUGUCUGAGAUCUUUACAGUGGUGGUGAUAGGAACCAGGGGUCAGAAUGCCUACAAUACAAAUACACUCACUUUAUUUACUACUCAAAAUGACCUACAGGGCCUUCUGAGCUUUUCUAUGUAAUGAUGAUGGUAAAAUAGUAAUACAUUUGAAAAAAACUUACCCCUCUGAAAUGAAGGAAUAAAAAAAAAAUAGCUGAAAUCUUUUUUUUUAACUAUAAAAAUAACAUUUUAGACUUUAGGCAGCGUAUGUACUCUGUGAUAGAGCUUUUAAACGGAUUCAGACGUCUGGUUCCUAUCACCACCACUGUGAGCAAUUCUGAUUCUCCAAGUUUCUCCAGAACGUAGCAUUUCACACCAAACCACUCUGAAUGACUCUGUUUGCGUCUCAAUCAUUUAUAUAUGCAGACAUUUUAACAAAAAAAAAAGAGAAGUGUCCCUUUAAGCCCGUCAGGAGACUUAAGAUGGCAAAUACUUGAAAUCGGAUGGUGGGCAGAAUCUGCAAACGUGCUUUCCAGACCACCUCUCCAGUGUUAAAGGGUGUCCGAAUCCUUUUUUCGUUCAGCAAUACUUGUUACGCAGUUUAGAAAGAAGAAAAAAAUAUCACGGUAGAAGGCGAGUUUGGUGCUUAUGUUUUUUUUUCCCCCAGCAAUGUUAUUAUUUUAUUUUUAAGAUGCGCAUUUAUGUUUAGCUGUGUUUCUUUUAAGGACCUUGUUUGAAUUUAUGCAGAUUUUUACAUGCCAGAAAAAAAGAAAUGCCCACUGUUACCAAAAUAAUUGGCUUCAUUGCCUACAUGGAUUAAAAUAAAUUCAUAGGAAAGGAACUUGUUCAAUGGAAUCCAGUGUAUUUAAAUGACGAGUUACAAUAAAAUGUCAUGCUGGGUCAAUAAAACGGCUUCUGUAA